ACAGGAUAGCCACUUCGCGAUUCCUAGUGACGUCCUUUAAAUUCCUAGGAGGUGGACUGUCCACACGCGUGAUUUAUCUUUCGUUUAUUCAACAUUUGGCGACAACAGGUCGCUAGCGCUAUGUUAAGUAUAUUGGAUAUUGAUUAGGAGGAAUGAAGAUUUUUGGAGCAAAGAUUGGGAGACGACAUUGGAUUUGAAGUUGCCGCUUUGCGACAUUUCCGGAGCUGACUUCGGCUGCUUAAUUAAUUCUCAAGUUCGAUGCCUUUACGAACGCACAAAAGGGAUUUAAAAUUUAAAUAUCGAAAAAGGCUCGAAUAAUCAUCCAAAGAUGCAGAUGGACGCGCUAAUCUGUAACAAGUGCUCCGCGCCGAUUUACAGAGGGAAACGUCCGUACCACAUCACACAGUGCGGCCACGUCUUCUGCCAGGGUUGUCUGCAGCAAGUUGAAGACCAUCAAUGCCCACGGUGCCAGCGUGUUGGCAACAUAUCGUUACCGCUGGAGGAGCCGCUGAUACCAAAACUGAUCUCGUACUUCCAGCCCCUCGUCGAGACUCUGGAGACAUUGAUGAAGGUGGACUCGUUCCGCAGCAAUCAGUUAAAGAUAACGAUGCAGCGCUUCUACGAACUUGAUAAAAAGUAUGAGCAACUGAAGACCCACUAUUGGCAGGAACGGCGUAAUAAUAAGACAUUGAUGGAGAACCAUGUGAUUUUAAAGAACGAGAAGAACAAGCUGGAAAAGAAGCUGCUGUUCUUCGAGCAGCGGAGGGAAACUUCGCGCUCCAGCUUUCGGAUGAUGGAGACACCGCUUGAUUCCGGUAUCUCUAUGAACCAAGCGUCGAGCGCAGGGCACUCUAUAAAUUCGUCGAUGGAAUAUUUGAAAAUCCCCAAUAUAACACCUAUACGAUCAGUCAAUUCGAGGAAAGAGCACAGAAGCGCCGAUGGUUUUUGCAUACCCAGCCAUAAACCACCGAGAUCCAUUGGUUUCCCCAACAUGUCUUAAAUUUAACAAGACAACUCUUUCCUUUAUUCAUUUUUAUAUAUCGUCUCGAGUUUGACGUAACACGUCUCAGUUAAUUUACAUAUAAGCAAACUUUAUUAUAACUUUUUUUUAAAUUUAAAAGAAAACAAUCUCGUCUAACGUAUAAGAAAAAAUGUAAUUUGUUUUUAAUGUAAAUUUUAACGACGAUCAGAUUAUGUUACACGUAUUUGAAAUAUACGUUUUAAUUUAACAUAUUUUUCAUGAAAA